AUGCGCAGGGUGGAGGGGCACUGCAGGAUGCCCCUCCAGAUAUUCUGCACCAUCUCCUUCUCCGGCGAGGACAGGCACAGAAGCGACGGGGCCACGGGCAGAGGCGAGGAAGGUGCGGACGAGUUCCUGUAUGGUCAGGAGGAGGAGGAAGCAGAGGAGGAAGAGCAGGGAACGGCCACGGACCUGGCGGCCUUUGCGAGCGGCUGCACGCUGCACGGAGUCGGCCACAUCUUCGUGGAGGGUGGCUUUGGCGUGCGGCAGGCCCUCUGGGCACUGGCCUUCCUGCUCUCCCUUUCCAUGUUCCUCUACCAGGUGGCCGACCGCAUCAUCUACUACCUGGAGUACCACCACGUCACGCUGCUGGACGAGCAGGACAGUGCUGAGAUGACCUUCCCAGCCAUCACCUUCUGCAACAUCAAUCGCGUCCGGACGUCGCAGCUCAGCCAGGACGACCUGCUGUACAUCGCGCCCCUGGUAGAGUACGAGACCUGGAUGGAGCCAGGCUUCCCAGUGGCCCAGCCCAACCCGGAGACUUUUGAUGAGGCCCUGAACCUGCAUGCCUUCUACAGCCGCACCAGCCACCAGCUGGAGGACAUGCUGCUGAGCUGCAGCUACCGGGGCAUCGAGUGCAGCUCUGAGGACUUCUCUGUGGUCUUCACGCGCUACGGGAAGUGCUACACCUUCAACGCGGGGCAGGACGGGAAGUCCCCUCUCAUCACCGUGAAGGGCGGCACCGGCAAUGGCCUGGAGAUCAUGCUGGACAUCCAGCAGGACGAGUACCUGCCCAUCUGGGGCGAGACAGAUGAGACCUCCUUCGAAGCUGGGAUCAAAGUGCAAAUCCACAGCCAGGAUGAGCCUCCCUUAAUCGACCAGCUGGGGUUCGGGGUAGCACCAGGAUUCCAGACCUUUGUGUCCUGCCAGGAGCAGCGGCUUAUCUACCUGCCCCCUCCCUGGGGCGACUGCAAGGCCAUCACCGGUGAUUCCGAGUUCUUCGAUACCUACAGCAUCACGGCCUGUCGCAUCGACUGCGAGACCCGCUACCUGGUGGAGAACUGCAACUGCCGCAUGGUGCAUAUGCCUGGCGAUGCCCCCUACUGCACCCCCGAGCAGUACAAGGAGUGCGCCGACCCGGCCCUAGAUUUCCUGGUGGAGAAGGACAACGAUUACUGCAUCUGUGAGAUGCCCUGCAACGUGACCCGCUACGGCAAGGAGCUGUCCAUGGUGAAGAUUCCCAGCAAGGCCUCGGCCAAGUACCUCGCCAAGAAGUACAACAAGUCGGAACAGUACAUCGGAGAGAACAUCCUGGUGCUGGACAUCUUCUUUGAAGCCCUGAACUACGAGACCAUCGAGCAGAAGAAAGCCUACGAGGUGGCUGGCUUGCUGGGUGACAUUGGUGGGCAGAUGGGGCUGUUUAUUGGGGCCAGUAUCCUGACUGUGCUAGAGCUGGUUGAUUAUGUUUAUGAGGUUAUAAAGCACAAGCUGUGUCGCCGGGGCAAGUGCCGAAAGAACCACAGAAGGAACAACGCGGACCAGGGCGUUGCUCUGAGCAUGGAUGAUGUGAAGCGCCACAACCCCUGCGAGAGCAUAAGGGGCCACCCAGCUGGCAUGACGUACGCAGCCAACAUCCUACCUCAUCACUCAACCCGGGGCACUUUUGAGGACUUCACCUGCUGACUCGACGUCUGGAUGUACAACCAACACUACCAAAGCCCUCUGGAGAGCUGCCCCUCUCCCCGGGAGCGUCAGCGGAGGGGACACAUCUAGGGACCUUGCUCCUAGCCACGGUGGGACACGGACAAGAACGAUGGCCUCAGUGCUGGGCCAGGCAGCAGAUGGUUGUGUUGGGUUGGUUUCUGACCCUGGAUACAGACUCCACAGCAGCUGCUCCCCUCCCCACCCCUAGUUUAGAGACUCUUGGACAUGCCAGCCCAGCUACGCCGUGACGCGACGCUGGGGGCGUCUCUUCCUUGGCGCCCUGCGGGGAGCUACCGCAUGCCGGGCUGGGCCCAGGCCUUGCCCCGCUCCUGCCCUCGCCUCCCCCUUCGUUUUUAACUAAAGAGAGCAAGGAACCCAGAAGCCAGGAAGAGUCAGCUCUGUGGCUGCGAAGGCACCAGGGGGAGGAGGCCCUCCCCCUUCCCCAUCCAUCCAUCUGUCUGCCUGCUUU